CUCUGAAUGUAGCCAUUGUGCAAUAGGCUGCAAUAGACUUAACCUAGAAGAAAGAACACUUGUCGGACGUCGUGUUUCUACGCGCAUUUAUUUCGUGAUUUUGUUAUUUAUCAUUCGCGAAAAAAUUGUAACGCCAUCGCAAAGAAACGGUGUCGAAAGAAACGGUGUCGUAGCAAAAACAGACUGUGCAAUGUCAGACGUGAGAGACUGGUUCAGUUCCCUGCCAAUAUUCACGAGAUAUUGGUUACUAUUCACCGCGGUAUUGACGUUACUUGGCAGGUUUGGGUUUCUCAGCCCACAUUCGCUAGUGCUGUGGCCUGACCGAUUUUUGAACAAUUUUGAAAUCUGGCGCGCGGUGACGAGUGUCUUCUAUUAUCCUUUGAGUCAGGGCACAGGCUUCCACUUCCUGAUUAAUUGUUAUUUCUUGUAUAAUUAUUCAUUAAGAUUAGAGCGCGGCGAAUAUGAUGGGAAACCAGCGGAUUAUUUCUUUCUUCUUUUGUUUAAUUGGAUAUGCUGCGUUAUCAUUGGGCUUAUCGGCGAUUUCUCUUUACUGAUGGACCCUAUGGUGCUUAGUGUGCUGUACGUGUGGUGUCAGCUAAAUAAAGAUGUCAUCGUAAACUUCUGGUUUGGUACGCAAUUCAAAGCUAUGUAUCUGCCAUGGGUCUUGUUCGGAUUUAAUUUGAUUAUCUCCGGUGGCGGAAUGAUGGAACUAUUUGGAAUCCUAGUGGGACAUCUUUAUGUUUUCUUAAAGUUCAAAUAUCCUCAAGAACUUGGUGGUCCGGAAUUACUCAAUACUCCACAGAUACUUGAAAAUUACUUUCCACCCCAAAGAGGAGUUCGAUCAUUCGGACAUGUACCGGUACAGAGACAGGCUGGAGAACAGAAUGCUCAAGGGAGAAAUAUAUUCGGAGGACAUAAUUGGGGAAGGGGUCAUGUAUUGGGUCAAUAAUUAAAAAAAAUUAAAUAAACUUAUAAACCUAUUUGUAAAAAA